UCCCAUCGUUAGGCGAACAGCUGUUAAGCCCGAUUAACGAUUGGCCCAAACUGCUUUCGGAAAUAAAAUUGCGAACUUUUUUUGAAGCGAGUCUGCAAUGUCGGCGUUUCUGAAAACCGUUUGCCUGGCUCAAAAGCUAUGCGCUGCCAAUCCUGCCGUGACUCGCCAGGCCCUCCGGAGCAUGGCCGGCUGGAACAAGGACUUCAAGCCAGGUCCUUAUCCACAAACAGAGAAGGAACGCUUGGCUGCGGCUAAGAAGUACUACCUUCUGCCGGAGGAGUACAGACCAUAUGCGGACGAUGGUUUGGGUCAUGGAGAUUAUCCCAAAGUGGGUGGCGGUCUCGGCGUGGAGGCCAAGGAUACCUACUAUCCCUGGGAUUAUCCGGAGCACAAGCGUAAUCUUCACGAGCCCAUCUCAGCUGAUCACGAUCUGUACAGCGAGGACCGUUGGUCGCAGGCCGAACAGCCACGAUACAAGAACUCGUACUACUUUGUCUGCUUCUUAGGCGUUAUGUCCGGCUGUCUGGCCCUCUAUUACUGGCUGGAGGACAAGAAGAUGUACCGCCCAGUGGCCGCCAAGCAAUAUCCCGGCGAUGGUGUUAAGCACUACACUUUUGAGAAGUAGAUAGCACACUCCUCUCGAUCGCUCGGCGGGCCUCGUUUUUAUUUCAUAGGCAAUUUAUCAAAGCAUCUGUACAAUUAAAAUGAAAAGAAACCCA